AUGUCGGCUCCUGCAUCAGUGUUAGCUCGUGAAAGAAACAGUAAGAGAGGUCCCAACCUGAAUAUAGUGCUAACUUGCCCAGAAUGCAGGGUUUAUCCACCGAAAGUGGCAGAAAGGUUCAGCGAGGGAGAUAUCGUUUGUGCUUUGUGCGGGCUUGUUUUGUCAGAUAGGUUGGUUGACACUCGGUCUGAGUGGCGUACUUUCUCGAACGAUGAUCAGAACGGUGAUGAUCCUAGUCGUGUUGGUGAGGCUUCCAAUCCUUUACUGGAUGGUAACAGCUUGUCGACUAGGAUAGGACAAGGUGAGGGGGGUGAUCUUCGUGCUACUAGGGACCUGAACAGGGCACAGGGGAAAAAUGUUAUGGAUAAAAAGGACAACGAGUUGCAAGCUGUGUUUGCAAAAAUCACCAUGCUAUGUGACGCUGCAGAACUGCCCAAGAUUGUCAAAGAUUGUGCCAAGGAAGCUUACAAACUUUGUCAUGACGAGAAGGCGCUGAAAGGUAAGUCUGCAGAGAGUAUAAUGGCAGCUGCGAUCCACUUCGGCUGCAGGCGUGCUUCGGUGGCGAGAACUUUCAAAGAGAUCCAGUCGAUAAUUCACGUCAAGACGAAGGAGUUUUUUAAGACUCUGGCUAUUAUGAGGGGCAUCCUGAGGGAGAAGAGUUCCGACGGAUUUAUUAAAAUCGACACAGAUAAUAUGAGCGGAGCGCAGAAUUUAACCUAUAUACCAAGAUUCUGUUCGCACUUGGGUCUUCCAAUGCAGGUUACAACGGCUGCAGAGUAUACGGCAAAGAAGUGCAAGGAGAUCGAAGAAAUUGCAGGUAAAUCUCCUAUCACUAUUGCUGUUGUGUCGAUCUAUUUGAACAUCUUACUAUUCAAACUGCCUGUUUCAGCAGCAAAAGUAGGGAAAAUUUUACAGGUCACCGAGGGUACCAUCAAGUCAGGUUACAAGAUUCUCUACGAGCAUAGAGAUAAGAUCGUUGAUCCACAACUCAUUGCCUCUGGCACCGUGUCCCUAGAUAAUCUACCUAAAGUUGAUAAAGAUAGAUCCAAAACUGACAAGAAAAAAAAAUAG